AUGAGGAUUACGACAGAGAAGCAGAGCUCGCCGCUGAAGAAUCUGAUGAAGACGAGGACGACGAGGACGGCGAGGAAGGCUUGUCGGAUGACUCCGAUCCCCUCGAAAUCUACGCGCGAAACGAGUUUUACCCGGGUCUCUCCGACGAAGUCGUUUCCAAACUGCACUUCCCCGAAGAAACGCUCCCGGAGGACGCGUUUUUGGACGAUCUUCCGAUGCUGCCGAACCCCUACGAUCACAGCAGCGAUCCGGACACCGAGCUGGACCCUUCAAAGCUUCGCGACAAGCCGUACAUGUUCAACGACGCGCGCGUUUAUCUGGAAACCCGCGAGUCGGUGGUUCCACGCACCUGGGAGGACGAAACGCUGGGACCGAUCGAGGAGAAUCGACGUGUGCGGCUGACGGUGCGCGUGCGAGAGUUGAAGCUCUCGGUGUAUGCGUCGCAGAAGCUGGUGCUGCUGGCAGGACCGCGGUACAACUUCAACAACGAUGUGCUGACGCUGACGAGCGAUCGGUAUGAGACGAGGAAGCAGAACGGACGGUAUCUGAUGGAUUUGCUGGAGAAGCUGGUGGAGGAGGCGAAGAAGGAGACGGAGAUCCAGCAGAAGCCGAGGAGAUUAGCGAAGAAACGCGGAAGGUACAUUCCGUUCAAUAAGAACAUGCUGGGAUCGGGUAUGGUGAAGAAGCAGUACGAGGGAAUGAUUGUUGAGGACGAGUAAU